AUGAGAUCCUUCUUCCAGUUCGUCACGACGCCAACCGCCGACACACCUGGCACCUCGCUCCUACUGCACUUCGACAACAAGCGUUAUCUUGUUGGAAACAUCGCCGAGGGCACACAACGAGCUUCUGUCGAACAGAAAGUCCGCUUGCUGAAGACAUCCGAGAUCUUUUUGACCGGAGACACGACAUGGGAAAGGACUGGUGGUCUGAUCGGCAUGAUCCUGACUCUGGCCGAUUCUGCCUCGUCAAGUGCUCAGUACGGCUUGCUAGAAGCUAAACGAAAGAUUCUGAACAAACUCGAGCACCAAGGUGCCGACAUCACCGACGAACGUGUUAUCAAGCAGGCCGCUGAGCAGGCUGCCCUUCAACAAAAAGACAAAGGUAGACUUUCUAUCUUCGGUGGGCCUAAUUUAAACUACACCCUGGCUACUGCUCGUCGCUUUGUCUUUCGUAAAGGCAUGCCUGUGGAUGUACACGAGUUUGGCCACCAUCAGGUCCAAGCCCCCUCAGUCGAGCCUACCUGGUCAGAUGACAACAUCCAAGUAUGGGCAUUGCCAGUUUCUCCGGCUUCAACAUCAUCGAGCGCCUCGACUAGCCCUCGGAAGCGUAGCUAUGAUGAGCUCAACGGACAGCAGCCUCUCAGAAAUCCUGCGCCUCUCCAAAACACAGACAAAGAGAAGGCCCUGAUGAUGUCCAAGGCUGUUGUCUCAAACAUGUUUGAUUCCUCGUGGCGUCUGGAUGCUCUUGUCGAAACGCCUAUCCAGGAAGUACAGUUGCCUGCCACGCUGUUCGUUCACGACCCCGAAACUCACAAGCUGGUGAAGUACACCGGUCCCAUGCCGGGGGGUAAGGAGCCAGUGCCAAACAUCAAUGUCAUGGUCCGCCGUCCCUGGCCUGGCGCUCUCAUCGAAACUCUGCCGCCCACCGAACCCGCCAAGGUAGCCAUGUCGUACAUCUUCCGUAACCACAUCGUAAGAGGCAGGUUCCUGCCGCAGAGAGCCAUAGAAUUGGGUGUCGAGAAGGGCCCUAAGUUCACAGCUCUAAGCAAGGGUCAGAACGUUGUAAAUUCCAAAGGCGAGACCGUGACACCAGAUAUGGUGCUGGAGCCAAGUAAACAAGGUGGAGGUGCGGCUGUUAUCGAUCUGCCUUCUCGCAAUUACGUCGAAGCCUUGGUCUCGCGCCCCGAAUGGACGUCGGAAGACAUUAUGGCGGGCGUUGGUGCUUUCAUUUGGAUACUUGGUCCGGACGUUGCGUCACACCCCAUGCUCAAGCAGUUCAUCGAAGACAUGAAGCACAUGAAACAUGUCGUUUCUUCUCCAGAACUCUGUCCUAACAGACUGGCACUUGACUCGGCCGCGGGUGCUACGAUAAGACUUGGUCAAAUCGACCCCACACGUUAUGGCAUCCCUGUGCACGACAAUACAUCUGCUGCACAAGAUCUUGAAUCUGCAAGCGGGUUGAAGGAUUUAGUAUUCGUUGCCGACCGAGGGCAGAAAGUGGUGCUGGAGCCAUCUAUCGAGGUCCAGGACAAUGAGAUAAACGCUCUGCUAGAUGUUGACACAGUCAAGGCAGCAAUGUCGAAAGACGUCCUUGACAAGGCUCGAAUGGUCACUGAGGAUGUCGCAGCCAGCAAGCAAGCUCUCCAAGCUUGGGCAGACAGCCUUCCGCAGAAGGACGUCGAAAUCACCACCCUGGGAACCGGUUCAGCUUUACCAUCCAAGUAUCGCAAUGUUUCAGCAACACUCGUACGCGUACCCGGCUGGGGGUCGAUGCUUCUUGACGCUGGCGAGAACACUCUGGGCCAGCUGAAACGUGUAUAUCCCCCUGAUGUUCUCAACGAGAUCAUGAAAGAGCUGCGGGUGAUCUGGAUCAGUCAUAUGCACGCCGACCACCAUCUUGGCACUGUUUCCGUCGUCCGUGAAUGGUACAGAGUUGUCCACAAGUCGCAACCAGCGCCGCUCAUCAACUCGGCUGACGCUGGCUUCGAUGCAUCUGCUGCAUUUAGCAAGCAAGAUCGAUUGUCUGUAAUCUCAGAACCAGCAAUGUUGCAGUGGCUCGAGGAGUAUAGCAACGUGGACGACUAUGGGUUCUCACGACUGGCACCGUUGUGCAUCACUCCCAACAUCAUCAACAAAAACAUCAGCUCAACUCUCCAAUGGUUCAUGCCACGUGCCUCCCAACAAGAUGAAUCUCCUUCUGCUCGAGAGCGGUGGUCCGACAAGAUGGCUCGUACCCUUGUCUCGCCACAAGCAUUGAACCUGCUGGAUAUCCAGUGUGUGCAGGUCCAGCACUGUCAUGGCGCUCGUGCUGUAUCGGUGACGUUCCCUUCGGGCUUCAAAGCAUCAUAUUCGGGCGAUUGCCGUCCUUCCAAACCAUUCACGCACAUUGGCAAGGGCAGCACAGUGUGUAUUCACGAAGCAACGUUUGAUGACGAGCUUCAGGGAGAUGCUGAAGCAAAGAACCACACUACUACCAGUGAGGCCCUCGGCGUGGCCUUGGGCAUGGGAGCAAAAGCCUGCGUCUUGACCCACUUCAGCCAGCGCUACCAGAAGGUUCCCGUGUUGGAGUACACGAAUGAAGAAGAUGGCACCGCCGGCAGCGACAUGAAAGUCUGUGUUGCCUUCGACUACAUGAAGAUCAAAGUCGGAGACAUUGCCCAGAUGGAAAAGUACACAGACGCGCUCGUAGCCCUGUUCGCCGAAGAGGAGUUGUCAGAAGACACGACCGAAGCACCGAAAAAGGUCAAAGGAAAGCCAGGCAAGGCAGGCAAGGCAGGCAAGACACAGCGCAACAACUGA